AUGGUUCAGGAUGCUAAUGAUGUGGAAGCUUGUCUGAAGGCUGGAGCAGUGAGUGCAGGACAGAAUGACCUAAUCCAGCGUCUCCUAACCGGGGCAAUUCAUUCAGAGGAAUUCGAUGACAUAGUGUGCCAUGUCGAUUUGUCACCAUUUCUGAAGAAAAUACGGAACAUUGUCGGAUCACGGUUACCGACAUCUAAAAACGGCAGAAUAGGAGAGGACACAGUUGGAAUGGUGAAAACUUUUAAAGAAAGUAUUGAAAUUAACUCUGUACCAGUGCCUGGAGUACCAGAAGUAAACGAAAUGAAAGUUAUCCUAGGAAAGCUAUCAUGGGAAGAAAAAGACAUCCUGGACAAUUUGAUGGCAUACAACAAGGCGAUCGAAGAGGCGAGCUCUAAAAGAAUACUCGGAAAUCCCAUCGAGGCAAUCAAAAUUUACUGUCCUCCGAUUGAUGAAAGAAUGGAAAUAAAUGUAUCAAUCCUGCUAAAUAAAUAG